UUCACUUUGACGCACAUCAUUCACGCUGACAUCAAACUUUUUAUAAAAUAAAGAAAAGUGUAGUUUAGUUUCGAUAGAAACACACAGUUAAUGUUUGAAAAUGUCCAACGACUCGUGGGCAGUUGCUGUCGAUGUUCAGGAAGCUACAAUUCCAUCCAUACAGGCGGACUUCUCAAAGAAAGUUCCCCAAGUGGUCCUUAACAUAAGACGAGACAUAAAUGGUGACUUAAUAAAUAGUGGGGACAACGUUGUGCAGGAGACUUAUGAAAAUGUCGAGGGGGACAGCGUACCCAUGGCUGAACAGUCCCUUUUGAAUAAACUGCUCCGCCGCGAUCUGGUCGUGAACAGAAACCGGGUGGAGGUCCUGCAGCGGGACCCCACUUCUCCUCUGUUCUCCGUGAAGACUUUCGAGCAGUUGAGACUAACACCUGAACUGCUGAGGGGCGUGUACGACAUGGGAUUCAACAGGCCAUCAAAGAUUCAGGAGAACGCUCUUCCCAUGAUGUUGGCAGAGCCACAUCAGAAUCUGAUCGCCCAGUCACAGUCUGGCACGGGUAAAACUGCUGCUUUUUCUCUGGCCAUCCUCAGCCAUGUAAACCCAGAAAAUAAGUGGACUCAGUGCCUUUGCGUCGCACCAACAUACGAGCUCGCUCUGCAAACUGGUCGAGUAAUCGAGCAAAUGGGGAAAUUUUGCCCAGAUGUCAAACUGGCCUACGGCAUUCGAGGAAACCGAAUGGUCCGAGGCGUCAAGUUGCAGGAACAGAUUGUCAUUGGAACACCAGGCACAGUCCUGGACUGGUGCACCAAGUACAAGCUCAUUGACCCCAAGAAGAUUACGAUGUUUGUGUUUGACGAGGCUGAUUUGAUGAUCGCCACACAAGGUCAUCGUGACCAAAGCGUACGGAUCCACAGACAGCUGACAAAGGACUGCCAGAUGCUCCUUUUCUCUGCAACCUUUGAGGAGUCUGUGUUGAAGUUUGCUCAGCAUGUGGUUUCUGAUCCUAAUAUCAUCAAGCUGAAGCGCGAAGAGGAGACGCUGGACAACAUCAAACAGUUCUAUGUGAUCUGUCAGGCGCAGGAGGACAAGUUCACAUCGCUCUGUAAUCUCUAUGGGGUCCUGACCAUUGCACAGGCCAUGAUCUUCUGCCAUACUCGCAGAAUGGCUUCUUGGCUGUCUUCCAAGCUGAUCUCAGAGGGGCAUCAGGUGGCGUUGUUGAGUGGGGAGCUGGAAGUGAGGCAGAGAGCGGCCAUCAUUGAACGCUUCAGGCAUGGCAAGGAGAAAGUACUUGUGACGACAAACGUGUGCUCCAGAGGUAUCGAUGUGGAACAAGUGUCGCUUGUGGUCAACUUUGACCUCCCAGUGGACAGGGAAGGGAAGGCUGACAAUGAGACGUACCUUCACCGGAUUGGCCGCACAGGACGCUUUGGCAGAAGAGGAUUCGCGGUCAAUAUGGUUGACAGCGACCACAGCAUGGAUAUCAUCAAACAAAUCGAGCUGCAUUUCGACAGGAAAAUCACCGAACUUGACACUAAUAAUCUCGAAGAAAUGGAAAAGCUGACUAUCUGAAGUCUGCUCCGUGCACUAUGCGCAAGACUAAAUCAGUCAGAUGCGAUCCCUCAAAUGUGACUUGAGUUCUUUCCCAGGGUUUAUUAUUUGCAUGUUAUUGUUUACAGAAGAAAGAUGCAUGCUUAUGUUUACUGUGCAAUCUUAUUUAAUGGCAGUAAUUUGUGCCAAUGUUUUUUUUAUUUGUUGUGUGUUUGAUUCACCCUCAGCCUUUAAGCUGUCCUCCAGUGACUAUAAACCCACUAAGCAUUUAAGAAGGGUGUCAUGAUAAAAGUUGUCAUGCAUCCUGGUUUGCAGUGUUGUGUUUGAUUAUCUUAAGUAAAUUAUAAAUGUUGGAUUGGUGAGAUAUAAGCACGUGUCUCAUCUGAGUGGAGUUCAAAUAAAAAAUAUCCUUGAUUGACUUGAAGCAUUUUAAGGUUUAAAUGCCUGUUUCCACCAUCGUGUGGUUUGUUUACUGAUAAGUUCAUUUGAUGUUGGACUGUGAAGCCAGGGCUGUUGCACUUUUUGUGUGGA